CCUAAUUAAUCAUAUUGCUCUGAACAACUGGAAUGUGUGAUGUGAACUUCAGCUUCUCACAUUCACAAAUAUGAAUUUACAAUAUUACAAUGGUUGUUAGAGGGGAUUGUAUGUACUUCUGCUGCCUACUUACAUGGAAAACAACCAUGUAUUUUGCAAUGAGCAACAAAUUGUCUGAUUUUUCAGGCACUGGGAGAUUGCUGAGCAUAGGCCUGAAAUACUCAUCUCUUCAUCUCACUGAGCUAUAAACUGCUGACUUUUGCUCCGCAGAGAUUGCCAGAUGGUUAUGUCCUAGAGUAAAUGUUUACAGGAGAACUAUAUACAAGGAUAUUGUCCAACUCUGAACUGAAAGGAUGUAUCUUGAAUCCUCAUGCGUUUUCUUACCAGUCCCGUCUGUUUUGUCUUUGAUCCAAACUCCCAAAUGUUCCCAUCUCCAUUUUGCCAUGAUGACUUUGGGAAACAUGUCAGCAGGACUUCACUACUCUGUGCCCUCCUGUCACUAUGGAAACCAACCCUCUACCUAUGGGGUGAUGGCAGGCAUCAAGCCUGCAACUCCAGAGAUGCUAUCAGCAAGUCUCUCCCAGAGCCGCAUCUUACAGACAUGCAGCAUGCCACAUCCCAAUGUAGUAAAUGGUGUCAGCACAUUGCAAAGCAACCUGACCCCUUGCCUUUAUAAGUUCCCUGAGCAUGCUCUGAGUGCCAGCUCCUGUGCCCUGGGCCACAGCUUCACACCCAUGCACCAGACCCUCCUCGGUGAUGAUCCCACAGCUGCAGACUUCAAGCAGGAAUUCCGCAGGAAAAGCAAGUCUGUGGAAGAGCCUGUGGACAUGGAUUCCCCUGAAAUCAGGGAACUGGAGAAAUUCGCUAACGAAUUCAAACUGCGGAGAAUUAAGCUGGGUUAUACACAAACCAACGUUGGUGAAGCACUGGCUGCUCUGCACGGCUCCGAAUUCAGUCAAACUACUAUUUGCCGCUUUGAGAACUUGCAGCUGAGCUUUAAGAAUGCAUGCAAACUGAAAUCAAUACUGUCCAAAUGGCUGGAAGAAGCAGAACAAGUGGGAGCUUUAUACAAUGAAAAAGUCGGUGUGAAUGAGCGGAAGAGGAAGCGCAGAACUACCAUAAGUAUUGCUGCCAAAGAAGCUCUGGAGAGGCACUUUGGAGAACAAAGCAAGCCUUCUUCUCAGGAAAUCAUGAGGAUGGCUGAGGGGCUUAACCUUGAGAAAGAAGUUGUGAGAGUUUGGUUUUGUAACAGAAGACAAAGGGAAAAAAGAGUGAAAACAAGCCUGCAUCAGAACGCCUUUAGCUCUAUUAUCAAGGAGCACCAUGAGUGCCGGUAAAGCUUUUUCAUGAGUAGCUUUGGAUUUCUGUUUUGCUUUAUUUUAAGUACUUUGUAGUUUACAAAACAAAACAAGACAAAAUCCAUGAAGAAAAAAAUGGUAAAUCACUUGAUUCCUUUACAAGCUAGCUAGCUUCAGAUACAAUUUGGUGUGGAAGGCCUGGUUUCAUUGUAAAAGGUUGGGGAAAAAAAACAACAUUGCAUAUAUCUGAAGUGUUGAAGGCCUGACUUCAAGGAACCUAUUGGGCAUUACUUGACCAGAAUUGUUUUACAAAUAGAACAUGUAGUUGCAGUUUCCCUAUGCUGCGCCUUCACUGAGUCCACAUUGUACUGAAUGAUUAACAGAGAACCCCCAUUGUAGGCAACCUAAGCAUGAGGAAAAAAAAAAUAAAUCCUUUGUGUUACUCAUGAAGGAAGAUUACAAAGCUUGGUGUAAGCAGCUGUAGUUCGUGAAAGAUUUUUGCCUCAGCCUGUCUAUGCACAGGUCAUACCCCCAGUCCACGGUAGCUAUCUCACUGAGCUAACCUUUGUGAGAUUAUGAGCCCAUUAGGCACAUUACACUGUCCCACUCCCAGUGCUGAAAACUGAAUUCCCUGAAUUUAACAUCAAAAAGAAUUUAGAACUUUGAGGGAGAACUUGAAGAAAUGAUCUUAAGCCUGCAGUGUUGUUAUUGUUGAGUAUCUAUCCAUGGCCAAAGAUGGGAGCCUGGAGGACUGUCACAGGAUGUGAGUGAUCCAGGAAGGCAGAAGAGGAGUACAAGAUAAGAUGAGGAAUGAAUAGCUGCCUUCCAAAAACUGGAUGAAAUUCAGGGACAAGCUCACAGCUGCUGUACAUCCUUGACUGAACUACUUCAGGUGACUACCUUGUGUCUUUUCAAAGUGAAGAUAUGAAAGAUGCACCAUAGCUACUGUCUUUAUUUAUGGUAUAAUAAGCUUACCAAUACUGAGGUGUCAACACUGCUCCCACUGUGUGCUCAGUUCAGUGUACCACUACCUUAAACAGGUGCCAAGUUGAAAUGACAUUUUCUAAUGCUAGUUAUGAAAGUUAUUUCCUGCUAAUUCAUUGCAUGCUUUAAGAUCCAGCUUGGAUAGGAUUAGCUAUCUCCUUGAGAAUUUACGGUUUGAUGGGGAAAAGUAGGGAAUGAUCAACUAAUUGUUACUUCAGGCUUUUUCUACCUUGUAUUUUUUUUUUAAGAUUAAAUCCUUUUGUGGACAUAUUUAAAUGAGAGAGUGUAUCAAGGGAAAAAACAAGGCUUUUUUUUUGCUUUGAAACAAGAAGCCAAAGCAUUUAUUGCACUGUACAUUCCCAUUUUCUUACACCCCAACAACUGAAAGUAACCCCUUGUCAUCCUGUAGCCUGGAAAGACAAUCAGGCAAAAAAGAACAAUAAAAACUAACAAAAUAACCCCACAGUAACAAGCUAACAAACAAAAAUCAAUGACAGUGCCAGAGCUCCACCUAUUAGAAAGCCAGACACCAAGAAACUAAAUUAAGGACUUUAGUACUCACCAGGGACAGAUUAUCAAGCCAUCUCAUCAGCCCUGCUUGUUGUUAUUAAAUAGUCCAUUACCACAUAUGUAUUUUACACUUUUCCCAGGACUGAAAUUAAGUGAAUACAUGCAAGCAGUAAUGGCCUGAUAAAUUUUAUUUUUUCCAUUAAAUAGACCUGAUGAUUUAGAAAAUGCCUAAAUAAUAGGCCCACAGAAAGCAAAGAGGUUUACUGUUCAUGAUCACUUAGAAUCAGCAUGGACAAAUUGUGUUUUCACACUCCUGCAUGCUAAAUUGUCUCUGACAUCUAUUACUGUGACUGUAAGCUUAUUCAACUGUGGAAGUUUGACCUCUGGAUUAAGGAAAUAUAUUUUUAUGGAUUAAUUGCAUUGCUACAACCUCUUAAUUUAGAAGCAGCCUCCAAUCUAAUCAUUCAAAUGGGAGAAAUUAUGCCAUAUACACUCUCCAGGUUGUUCUCAACACUAGCAUAGCUCACCCACAGCAGCACAGACCAUGCCUCUGCCUUUACCAGUUGCGUGCGUGUUGACAGAUGAUGAGCUUUCCAACAGGAUAAACACAUUUAAGAAGAUUGACACUCGAUGUCCCUGCAUUUGUGUACUUCUGAUGUUAUGUAGCCUAGUGUUGUAUGUAUGUUGAAACUACUGACAUAUAUGAGUUUUAUUUAUGUUGUAAGUUAUUUUAUUGAUUAUAAAAGGCCUCCUAUUGAUGCUGUAAGCCUGAAUGUUCUCUUCCUCCCCAAAUAAAGUAUUCUUGCUCAUUCAGCUUUCCACAUAAUUGUUUGUAGUUCUCUUUUGGUAAUACAUUUUUUAGCUGUGUGUUGUGCAGAUUUGUUUAUUCUCUUUAGCAUGCUGUAAGUUAAUUCGAGAGAAAUUCAUGAAAUUGUGAUUUCUUGUCUUCCACAAAGCCUCACAAGUGAAGGCUAAUUGCAGAAGCUUAGCAAAAUAAAAUGAAAGCUGACACACAAUGCCAUGUGUUGCAGGAGAGGGACAAAAAAACUUAAGUGGAAGAAGCAGCCACCACCUAAACACAUCUAGCUGUCGCCAUGGGAAUACUAACAAUUCAGAGCAGAAUUGGCUUAAAAAUAAAAUGAAAUAAAAUUAAAUUUAAAAGCUGGGAUGAAAUCAGUUUAAUGUGCUGCAGCUGUUAGACUUGGAGUAAGUGGCAAUGCAGUGUUUUCUUAGGAACAACUCAUUCACUGGCUAAUUGUUAUCAGUCACUCUUGACUGAGAGAAAAGGCCCUAGAUCAGACAUCUAUGAGUUAGUUAGUCUUAAAAGCCUACAAGCAAGAUAGGUAGCUGCUCAACAAAUAGGGGUUGUGCCAUUUGAAUUUGAAGUUGUUUUUACUUCAUUACUUUACUUCAAAUUACGUCAGGUAAUUAGCUUAGAAUAGAGGACAAAACAAGACAUUCUGCUAACAGAACCUGUGGUUCACCUGUCUCCUGAGUGAUGUACGCUCUUAUCAUAGUAUCAUAAUAUCAUA